AUGGAAAACGGAAGCAACACGAGCAAAAGUAACUCCUUCAAGCAGCAACCACUUCCAAGUUUUUUUUUCAAAUCGUCGCCUCUGAAUUCGAUUGCUAUGGAGGAUGUCGUCUUCAUGGGUCCAUCUAAAGUGAAGGGCUCUUUUAUGCUCAUAGUGUUCGAUAAUGAAAGCUUAACAAAUGCUACAAAAAAGGAGCCUGUUACCCACACUAGCAUGGUUGGUCACCUUAAUGACAGUCAGAAAAAUAGGGUUGAAAGUUGGAAGGAUAAACAGAACAAGAAGAAAAAGAGUGUUGCUAAAGUUGCUAAAGAAGUUCAAAUUCAUGUAAACCACCAGAUGGGUGAAAAGCAGGGGUCAACAAAGGCGAAUGGAAUGCAACCACUUUCACAAAUAGUUACAAUUCCAAAGAGCCAAAUCACACCUUAUAGAGUUGUAAUUAUAGUGGAUUUUUCUUAUCCUUCUUCUUGGCACACCGAUUGA